AUGGCAACAAAUCUUCUUUUUGUGAAAUCAUAUCAUCAUUCAUCUCACAUACCCAACACAAUGUCUAAUAAAGGCGCCAAAUUUUCUUUAAAAAUUGUCACAAACAAACAGAAAACCAAAGUCCUCUUUGCAGAGGCCGACAGCCAGUUUGUAGAUGUUCUGCUAAGCUUUCUAACCCUUCCCUUAGGAAAAAUUGUGAAAGUCUUAGCAAGCCAUUAUGAGGACUCAUGCUCGGCAAUCGGUAGCUUAACCACUUUGUAUAACAGUUUGGCUGAUUUGGACAUUUCUAAUUUUGAGGCAGAGGCAGGCAAGCGAAUACUGCUCGACCCAAAGAGUCCAUCUGCCGCAAAGUGUAACUUGAAAAUCAAUAUCAAUGAUUAUUGGGUCACGAGAUAUUUUUGCUGCCCGGAUUUAUCUUGCGAUUAUUCCAAAAAGAAGAAUAUGAGUUUGUAUUGGGGUAUUGCAACAUGCGGUUGUGGGAAACCUUUGACGAGAAAAGUGCCGUUGAGGAGUGAUAAAAUGCUGUCCAGUAAUGGAGGUUUUGUUGUGAGUGGAUCGACUUUUGUAAUAUCUGAUGAUCUUAUGAUAAUGCCAAACUCUCCAUCGUCCGUUUUGCAAAUUCUUGGCAAUCUCAGCAUUACAGACAAUGAUUGGGAUUUGAAGGAUGUGACUAUUGGAUAUAAUGAGGUCAUGGAUUUGCUAAGAGGACUGUUUCUUUCUAGAACGCCCCUGACGGACAUCGUUAUUAGCAACGGGCAAAUUAAUUUGGCAAUGCAAGCCCAACUGAUAAUUCCUCCACCUAAGGUUGAAAGAAAGCGAACUUUCGAUUAUUCCGAAAGUAUAGAUUUGAAGGUCAUUAUGCAAAAAUCGACCAACAAGCUAUUGUUUGCUCAAGCUGAUGAGGUCUUCAUUGAUUUCUUAUUUGGUCUGCUCAUGAUUCCGAUAGGAGAGGUUGGGCGACUUCUGGACUGUAAAACUUUUCUUACGAACGUGCACAAUUUGUACUUGAGCGCAAACAAUCUCAUUGACGGUAAUUAUAUUUUUGACAGUGAGAAUGCAACCAGUCUUGUCAACCCAACAUUACCUCAUGGUUAUGUUUCAAACAACCAAAUUUUACCUCUUGUGGAAGAAGAAGCUGGUAAAAUGUACUACUAUCAAGGCCCAGGCACUAAAAAUGGUGAUUUUAUGUCUGAUUCUCCCUUUAUUGGAGGUUCGUGUCUCAAGGUUACUGAGUUCAAGUUCGGUUCACUGUUUAAGGGACCAAGAAUAUAUAUGGUGAAUGAUGACUUAAGCGUGACACCAGCUUCUAGUACAUCAUAUCUCUCCAAUCUCGGCAGGUUAAAAAUUCCUUUGUCUGAUGUAACUGAACGGGUGGUGCGUGUUGGAUUGGAAGAGGCUUUCAACAUAUUGAAGGCAUCUCUUGUUUCCAAGCAUGCUUUGUCCUGUGCCUACACAAUGUCUGACCCCAAGAACUUCAGGUUCACCUUGAAAGCCAUGAUAAACAAGCAUAAAACUAGGGUUCUAUAUGUCGAGGCUGAUAGCGAUUUUGCUGAUGUUCUGUUGAGCUUCCUUACACUACCGUUGGGAACUAUUGUUCGAGUCUUAAAAAAACACUAUGGGGAUGAAGUCCCUGUUUUGGGAAGCUUAACCACUUUGUACAAUGGCUUGCACAAUUUGGACAGUGGCCUUUUCCUUUCACAGGACCAUAAGAACCUGCUGCUCAACCCGGAAAACUUGUAUGAAGAGAAGUGUCGUGGGUUGAAAAUCAAGGUUGAUGACACGAAACCCACAGAUUACUUCAAAUAUAGACACGAUAUUGAUGGCAUUGGAGGGAUGUUUAUUAGAAAAGUGUCCUUAAUUAUCACUGAUGAUCUCCAAAUACUGCCUAAUUGUAUGGGUUCUGCUGUGAAAAUUCUUCACAACUCAGGCAUAAUGGACAUGAUCGGGAUCGAGGAAGGGAAUCUGAGUUUCGGAUUCAAUGAGAUAAUGGAUUUGCUGAGGGGGUCAUUAUUUUCCCGGGCUCCACUAUCGGCACUCUUUCUAAAGAAAAAACUGAUCAACUAUACUGCGGUAAAGUGUGAGACGGAUGGUAUACAACCGGUUAAUCUGAUCCAGCAACAGAUAUGCGACGUUAAGAAAUUGACCGUGAAAGCCAUUUUGCAAAGGUCCACUAAUAAGCUACUUUUUGCUGAAGCCAAUUAUGAAUUUGUGGGUUUCCUAUUUAGCCUACUGCAGCUUCCCCUAAUAGAGGUCGAGUGCCUAUUGGGCAGUGACACAGCGAUCAUCUACUCCAGCCCGAGCCAUGGGUAG